AUGUUUCACUUGGAUACAUACGCGGGCGAUGCUGUUGUUGGCAUCAGCGGUCCAAUGGACUAUAAAUACAUGAAAGUACUGCGUUUCGUUCUCCGCAUUAUAAGUGGUUGGCCUGGGAAGGCUCUUGGCGAGAAAACUCUAAAGAUUGAAGGAAUGGGCCAUGCGUACUACAACACUAUACUCUCGCUUAUUUAUUUGGCGUUAGGCAUAGCUUAUUUGAAGAAGAAUGCUCAUAGAUUCGGCUUUUUGGAACUUGGACAUUUAUAUAUAGUGCUACUUAUGAAUAUGCUGUCUACUUCACGAGCAUUUACUCUAUGCCUAUCGGAAAAAUAUCGAACCGUGGCAAAGAUAUUCAUACAGAAAGUUCAUCUGUUCUAUUUCAAGGAUAAUUCUGAGUAUGCAAUGAGCAUUAUACAAGAAGUAGCUGGUUGCGGGUUAAGCGCAAUGAGUCACCGCGGCCCCGGCCCAGACCAGAAGAAGGAACGGACGGAGAGGGGGUUAGUCAAAAAGAUCUCAGAACCAUCCAACUACGUUCGAAAAUUUCAGUCUAAUUCUCAACUUUCUCCAUCACCAUUUUUAAGGUACGGCACAAUGUUAUGUGGUAGCAGCGUGUCCAUGUUUGACCUGUUCCUCUGCCUCAUGAUCUUCAACCUCUGGGGACAUUUCAAAAUACUUAUUUACAAUCUGGACCACUUCCCCCGACCUGCGACAGAAGUGGUUGAUGCAGAGGGAGAAGAAAGAAGCGGAAGGAUCAUAGGGUCCGAGAUGUACUCGGAGAGCGAGUUGGAGGAGGUUUCUGUUAAGUUGAAGGAAUGUAUACAGUACCACAUGUUGAUUGUUGACUUCACAAACAACAUGUCGGAUGCAUUUGGAAUGGCCCUCUUCAUAUAUUACUCCUUCCAUCAAAUUACUGGUUGUCUACUCUUACUCGAGUGUUCUCAAAUGACGGCUGCAGCACUGUCUCGUUACUUACCACUGACCAUAAUUAUGUUUGGAGAGCUGGUCCUACUAUCAAUUAUUUUCGAAACUAUCGGCACAAUGAUCGGCAAACGAGCGGGAGGAUUACCUGAUGGUAAGCAAUCAGCGCCGCCCAUAAACUGGUGUCCAUAUCCCGCAACAACAGAGGACUUACGAAGUGAGAAAUUAAAAGAUGCAGUAUACAAAAUGCCAUGGGAGUACAUGGAUACUAAGAAUCGUAGGACUGUACUGAUAUUCUUAAUAAAAGUUCAGGAGCCUAUCCAUGUGAAGGCUGGAGGUUUAGUCGAUGUAGGCGUCACCACUAUGGCUUCGAUUCUGAAGACAUCUUUCUCAUAUUUCGCUUUCUUGCGCACGUUUUAA